GUCGCGACAUCAUCAGCGGCCCUUCCGACUGUUGUUUCAUCGUUCCUACCCCUCGAUAUAAUAAUGCCUACACGAUAAAAAGUCAACAAAGAUAUACAUAUCAUACAUAUGAGCAAAACGGGCAAAAAUGGUACGUUAUUACCAAGCGUGAAAGCUCGGAAAAUUAUGUCGUCCACAUCGACGCAAAGUGUCGUGGAAAGAGCGUCUGCUGAACUGUCGAAACGGAUAAACGGACUGGGUUUAAGAACAAGCAUCAAUUCGACAAAAAGCAGUGUCAUAGAACGUGUUACGAAUGUGUUUUGUGGCAGCAGUUUCAGUAGCAGUUCUUCGUCAAUGCAAAACAUUGACAAAUCGUCUAAAACCCAUCCGUCCCGUGAAGCUAAAGCUUCAGAAUCAAGCGUCAAUUAUUUGACGUCAACUUCAUGGAAACAGUGUCUCAACCAGAACCGUUUGACAUGGGACCAGUUGAUGCUAGACGAAAAAUUCUUAUCAAAGUUCUUCCUUUACUUCAGUCCGAGCGAGCGUUGCGUUUUACCACGGGUUUGUACACGUUGGCGGGAUAUUUUGUACAGAACGCCGAGAUACUGGACCGGACUCACCCCCGUCGUACAGUGUAGAGAAUUACGAACAGCUUCGUCCGCUGAUAAAACAAGACUUUACACUUCUUUUCUAAGGAGAGGUUUCCACGGACUUUGUUUAGUCGGAGCCACCGACGAAGAUGCUAGUGAUAUCGCCAACACUUUUCCAAUGGCAUCAAAACAUAUACACUCGCUUAGUAUUCAGGGUUCUAGUAUAUCCGAUAAGGGGUUGGAAAUUCUCCUUGACCACCUUCAGGCUUUGUACGAAUUGGAGAUAACAGGGUGUAAUGAGAUUACGGAAGCAGGCUUAUGGGCUUGCCUUAAGCCCAGAAUAGUUUCUCUAACAUUAAGCGAUUGUAUUAAUAUCGCUGAUGAAGCCGUCGGAGCUGUCGCUCAAUUAUUACCAGCCCUUUACAAAUUCUCGUUGCAAGCUUAUCACGUAACAGAUACCGCCUUAGGAUACUUUUCAUCCAAACAGAGCAAUACGCUUAAUGUCUUAAGGUUACAAUCGUGUUGGGAAGUUACUAAUCACGGAGUUGUAAAUUUUGUACAUGCGUUACCAAAUUUAACAGUACUCAGUUUGUCAGGGUGCAGCAAAAUUACGGAUGAUGGAAUUGAACUAAUAGCAGAAAACUUACAGAAUUUACGAAGCCUCGACCUAUCGUGGUGUUCCCGGAUUACUGACGCUGCCUUAGAUUACAUUGCAUGUGAUCUCAAUCAACUCGAAGAGCUUAUUUUGGACAGAUGUGUACAAAUAUCAGACACUGGUAUUGGAUAUUUAUCAACGAUGCUUUCGUUACAAGUGUUAUGUCUUCGUUGGUGCACCCAAAUAGGAGACUUUGGAUUGCAACAUUUAUGUGGAAUGAGAAAUCUUCAAAUAUUAUCUCUUGCAGGUUGUUCACUCCUUACGUCGAAUGGUCUAUCAAAUUUAAUACAACUAUGGCAAUUACGUGAAUUAGAAUUAACCAAUUGUCCUAGCGCUUCACGAGAACUUUUCUGCUACUUAAGACAGCAUCUCCCACAAUGUCUUGUGAUCGAAUAAAAAACAUGCAAUU